GCAUCAUUAUGGGCAGCCACAGGGUCCUCGGGGCGAGGGGCGGGCCUUGGCGGUGGCCGGGGCCUCGCGGGCCGGGGACGUGGCUGGCUCGGCCGUGUGUGAGGACGCGAGUGUGUAAGGAGCCCCUGCGACUGCUCGCGCUAUGCCCGGGCCCAACCCCAGCGCCACCAGCGUCGGCGCCUCCGGCCGCUCUCCCAGCAAAGCUGUGGCUCCCCGCGCGGCCGGCUCCACCGUCCGCCAGAGGAAGAAUGCCAGCUGCGGGACAAGAAGUGCAGGCCGUGCCACAUCCACAGGUACUGGUGGGAUGUGGCGAUUCUACACUGAGGACUCUCCAGGGCUCAAAGUUGGUCCUGUUCCAGUUUUGGUCAUGAGUCUUCUUUUUAUUGCUUCUGUGUUUAUGCUGCACAUCUGGGGUAAAUACACUCGUUCAUAGACUCAGCUGCGAACUUAAAUCAUGCAUCUUGGACCAAAAAUAGUGUGGAUCCUGGUUGUUCUUGGAGAGAGAUUGGGGGAGCUUCCUAUUAGCUAUUGAAGUCCUAUCAACUUUGGCUCAAAUACUGAAUGAACCCUUCAGUCCUCUGGGCAGGGUUUGAAGUGUGUCAUGAGUCAUUGUGUAUUUGUAUCUGUACACUUAGAAUACAGGUAUUGCAAUAAAACUUGUGUAUGGAAAUGGAAAAA